AUAAUUGAAGCACAAGUAGUAGAAAACUCCAAAGGCAGUGAAUGAGAAAAGCAGAAAAGUGACAAACACAUCUCAAUCUGGAGGCCUUAGAAAUCCCUAUAUAGGCCACUCAACCAAUAACAGUAAUUCUGUGAAGAUCAACACCAAAAUCCUACCCAAUCACACUGCAGAUAAGAAUUGUGAAUUGGCCCGCCCUAAUUCCACACCAAUAACUGCACCAAUCUAAAAUCUAACUUGCUUGCAACCCUAAUUCCUCCAAAGCCAAAACAUGAACAUCAAUGCAAGCAAUGUGCUGGGCGGCAAGACGGCCAGGGCUUGCGACAGCUGCUUGUUGAAGCGAGCGCGCUGGUUCUGCGCCGCCGACGAUGCCUUCCUCUGCCAAUCCUGCGACGCCGCCGUACACUCAGCCAAUCAGCUGGCCAGCCGGCACGAGCGGGUCCGCCUCGAGACGUCGUCGUGCAAGCUCCCUACCGCGCCAUCUUGGCAUCAAGGCUUCACCAAGAAGGCCAGAACGCCGCGCCACGCCAAGCCGUGGUCCCGCCCUGCGCCUAACCACCAGCUGCCGGUGGUGCCGGAGAUGAGCUCCGACGACCCCUUCCAGGAGGAGACGGACGAGCAGCUCUUCUGUAGGGUUCCGGUUCUGGAGGAGCAAUUAGGGUUCGGGAGCAGCGUGUUCGACGACGAUCACGAAUUGAAUCUGGAGGAGCUGCUGAGCAGCUGCGAUGACGAAUUCGCGGCAGACGUGGAGAGCUUGUUGGGGAACGGGAUUGAUGGAUUAACGAUGAGAGAUGAGAAGAGAGUGAAAGUUGAAGAUGAUGAUGCAAUGGCAUGCCAUUUCGAUCCGGCAAUGGAGCUGAUCAAUUGGGAGUUGGAUUUCCCGAGCGAGGAAGGCGGAGAGGAGGAGAUGAGAGUUACAGUGAAGAAGGAUAUUGAGAUGGAAAGUAGUGAAUCGAGGAAGCUGUUGAGGCUGAAUUACGAAGCAGUGAUGGCUGCUUGGGAUAGUCAAGGUUCGCCAUGGACGGAUGGAGUCAGACCUCAAUUCAACCUGGACGAGUUCAUGGGAGCGUGGUUGGAUGAAUGGGGAAAGGGCGGGAGGAGGGAUGCAGGGAGAGAGGCGAGGGUGUGUCGGUACAGAGAGAAGAGGAGGAGGAGGUUGUUCUCAAAGAAGAUAAGGUAUGAGGUCAGGAAACUCAACGCAGAGAAGAGGCCAAGAAUGAAAGGCCGAUUUGUCAAGAGGACUACUCAUUCAUUCCUAUAAAUCACAGCAUUAACAUACCAUACAAACACAAAUAUCAAUUAAGCUAAUUGCAUUGCCAUGCGCACCUGCAAUUGCUCUUGCUCUUGCUCCUGGUUUAUACAAAUAAACCACUUUAAUUAACCUUUUCUUUCUUUUUUUUCUUUUCUUUUCUUUUUGGGAGCUAAUUUAGUGUGGUUUAUAUAUGCAUGUCGUACAGAAUUUACUUAUAUGUCCUCCAUUUCUGUACUAAGUUAACUAGCUAGUUUCAAAUCAUGCAUUAAGUAGUUUUUACCAAAUUUAGAAUGUAUAUAGCCACGCCUCUGAUUGAAUUAGAUGAGUUUUUUUAAUGCAAUUAAUUAGAUGUAUAUGUUAUAUU